AUGCGUUGGACUAGGAAUCACAUCGGAGCGUUAUGGAUCCUGUGUCUAUCUCCCUGGCCCUCUGCUGCCCAACGGAAAGUUCUUCUUACAGCCGACAGUGGAUGGGCGACUGCUCAGAUUCGUGCUCAGUACAACGCGCUGAAGGCCGCCAAUUAUGAUGUGCUCCUUGACGCUCCUGCAGACGAUACCACCAGCGGAAUCGUAUCGCCGGUGCUCAGUCUUCCUCUUCUGGGCAUAAAUACUCGCCUGCUCCCGUGUCAAUUCAACACUUGCCCUCCUUUACUGGAUCUCUUAGGCAUACCGUUGGGAUUUCCAGUCAGUGGAUCAAAUGCGACUGAUGCGCGCCUCCAUUUCCUCACUGGUCAUCUAUCCGAUGCGCUUAAUGAUGGUUUGAAUAAGUCGUCUCCAACCAUUUUCGGAUCCCAACCAAACUUAGUGAUCGUCGGCCCUCAUUUUGGCAAUACAUUUGGCGCAGCCAUCAAUAGCUCAGAAACUCUUGGCGCAGCAAUAGUAGCUAUCAAUGCAGGUACCCCGGCUAUCGCAUUUUCUGGCGCAACGGGUAGUCCUGUAUCGUUCACAACUUUGCAGUCCGAUCCUACUUCCCAGUCGACCCUCGCUGCGCAGGCCUACACAUCAUCGAUGAUGAGGCUUGUCAAUACUCUCACGCUACUACCGCCGGCGUUACCUGCGGGAGUUGGUCUCAACGUCAACUUCCCUGCCCUAUCGAAUUGUACGUCAGCGACCAUACCUUUCAGGCUCACUAGGUUCGAAGCCAGACCAAACCAAAUUGACCUAUUGCCUUGCCCUCUGAGCCUUCAUAUACCCGACGAGGCCACGACGGUGAACUCUGGGUGCUUGGCCACCAUUACUGCCUUCGAUGCCGAAACGAAAGCAGAUGUAGACGCCCUGACUUUGACUUUGCUUGUAACGAAGAUGCUUCCCAUUUUGACUUGUCCUAGUAUACUGUAG